AUGGCUAAACUUUUUAUAUUGUUAGGCUUUGUCUGUGUAGCGAAAGGCUUCAUAUUGCCUCAAUUCUACGAUUCGCCAAGCCCUCGUAUUGUUGGUGGAGAGAAUGCACCAGUGGGAAGUGCUCCACACCAGGCUUCCUUGAGAAGUAUCUUCGGAUCACAUUUCUGUGGCGGUUCCAUCAUUAGUAAGAGAUGGAUUUUGACAGCGGCGCAUUGCACUAUAGGACAAUCCACUUUCACAAUGAAAGUGGUCGUUGGAACGAACAGUCUUACAAGCGGCGGUGAGAAGUACUCCGUCGAAAAAAUUAUAGUCCACGAGGAUUAUGACGGCGGUGAGAUCAUCAAUGACGUGAGUGUGGUCAAGGUGUCAACUGAUAUAGAAUUCAGUGACUUGGUGCAACCAAUUGAGUUACCAGAAACAGAUACCGCUGAAGGAGCAGACUUGACGCUCACAGGAUGGGGCAGAACAUCGUACCCGGGAAGUCUCCCGGACAGACUGCAGAUGAUAAACCUGAUAGCUCUCAGUGUAAAUGAAUGUCAGCAGAUCUAUAAAGGUAUUAUCGGGGCAACUGUGUAUGACACCCAGAUAUGUUCGUUGACCAAGAGCGGAGAAGGGGCUUGUCAUGGUGAUUCCGGUGGCCCCUUGGUAGAAGGAAACAAGGUUGUGGGUAUCGUGUCUUGGGGAGUACCAUGUGCGAGAGGAUAUCCAGAUGUCUACACUAGAGUAUAUUCUUUCAAAGACUGGAUACUGUCAAAAACAAAGAUUAAUGACGAAGAAGAUCAAGAUAAUACAAAUGAAGAAGAUAAACAACAAUCCAACGUAUAA